AUGAGUUUACAACUCAAUUAUAGCGGCAAUGGCAGUUCGGAGCGGGAGGACACGGGAGGAACUGAUGAAACAGGUGAACACGACUAUGCGCUUAUAAAAGCUGGGGUAUUGGGAUUGAUUUUUGUCUUAGCCACAUGUGGGAAUUUGUGCCUUCUGCAUGCACUUUGGAGGAAGCGCAAGAUGAAUACAAGGACCCAACUGUUCCUUCUGCACCUGUGUUUUGCGGACCUAGUGGUCGCUUUCUUCCAAGUCCUACCGCAGCUCUGCAUGGAGAUUACGCACCGGUUCCGGGGCUCAGAUUUCGUCUGUAGGUCGGUGAAAUAUCUUCAGGUGGUUGGGAUGUUCGCCUCCACGUACAUGAUAGUGGCCAUGACCAUAGAUCGGUACCAUGCGGUCUGCAAACCCAUGGUCUCGUUCUUGAAGGGGUCCUUUAAGAGGUACGUCGCCAUAGGCGCAGCGUGGCUGAUCUCUCUGGCUUUCAGCACUCCGCAAUUUUUCAUCUUCUCUCUCCAAGAACUAGAGGACAACCUGUUUGAUUGUUGGGCGACAUUUAUCGAACCUUGGGGUUCUAAGAUAUACAUCAGCUGGAUUACUUUAUCAGUGUUUGUUCUCCCGGUUAUCAUUUUGCUGUACUGCCAGAUUAAAAUAUGCACGGGGAUAUACUUUAACAUGAAGAGGAAGGCGCUCCAGGCUUCCACGAGCGACAGGCGCACGGGCACCAAAGGGGUCUCGAGCGCGAUGUUGAAGACGGUCAAAAUGACAUUCGUCAUCAUUAUGGUCUACUCGAUAUGCUGGAGCCCCUUCUUUGUGGUCCAGUUAUGGUCUGCAUGGAGUCCCAGUACAGCGCCCACAAAUGAAGCCACAGGUCCACUGUUUGUCAUCAUCAUGCUGCUUGCCAGUCUAAACAGCUGUACCAACCCCUGGAUCUAUCUUUACUACAGCUAGGAGACACUAUGUUGGACUAGCUCUGGCCCAGGGCGCUACUUUCAGCUUCACAGAAGGCUCAGCAUCAGCAAGCCACACAUAACACCAUGGACCAGAGCUAUUGAUGGACCAUGUGGGCAAUAUGGAAACUCCUCCUACUCCACUGCUUCACCUUGUACUUUAUAUAGCAUUUCUUUGAUGUCAUUGAAGACCCAUGGUUUAGACACAUGUAUAUAUUUUUAAAUAUCCUAGUUGAUUCAACAUCAAUAUCGGUAUGUCAAGCCGACCAUUUUACCUCUCAGCAGUAAGCAAAUGUAAUGUAUAUUCUGUCAAGCUAAUAUUCUAUAAGAGGUGCAGGAAGUGGAGCAGUAGAACAUUUGAGGUGGCGGGACUCAGUUCCGGUGAGCUCCUGUCCUAAUCAAUCACUGAUUAUCUGGGAUGACUGGCCACCAGAAAAACUAUUGUGAGGAAGGAUAUGGGCAUCGGUGAACAACGAAUGGUUGCUU